AUGAAGCCACAGGGGAUUUCAGAAGAAGACAUUAAGUUGAGGGCUUUUCCAUUCUCUUUGACGGGAGCUGCUAAAGACUGGUUAUAUUGCCUUCCAGCUGGAUACAUUACAAGUUGGAUUGAUAUGAAGAAAGCCUUUUUGGAGAAAUUUUUCCCAGCUUCUAGGACUGCAACUAUCAGGAAGAGUAUUUGUGGUAUUCAACAAGUAGUGGGAGAGACUCUGUAUGAUUAUUGGGAGAGAUUCAAGAAGCUGUGUUCGAGUUGUCCACAACAUCAAAUUAGUGACCAGUUGCUUGUUCAAUAUUUUUAUGAGGGUUUACUUCCCAUGGAUAUGAGCAUGAUAGAUGCAGCAGCUGGAGGAGCUUUGGUGAAUAAGACUCCAAAUCAAGCAAGAGAGCUAAUUUCAAAUAUGGCGGAAAACUCACAGCAAUUUGGGAGUAGAGCUCUUGGUACUAGAGUGGUUAAUGAAACUCAUUUGGUUUCAACUGAACAACAAGAAAUUAGGAACAAUUUGCAAGAAUUGACUUCUCUAGUAAAGCAAAUGGCGUUGCAAAAUUCGAGUCAUGUUUCAAAUUUUCCUUUACUAAUGAUGAAGUUGUGUGGAAUUUGUGCAAGCCAAGAUCACUCUUCAGAUCAUUGUCCUAAUCUACAUCAAGAUGAAUCUGUUGCAAUCAUUUCAAGACCUCAAUUUCAACAACACAAAUAUGAUCCCAACUCUUCAACUUACAAUCCGGGAUGGAGGGAUCACCCUAAUUUGAGAAUCAUCCAGCAAGUCAUUCACAGCAAUUUCAACAACAACAGCAACUUUAAUUUUAGUAAAAUUUCAGCCAAAAUCAGCAAUUUCAACCAUUUCAGAAUUUCCAGCAUUCAAAUAUUGCAACAUGUUCAGCAACCUUUGCAGAAUCUCCAGCAGUCAAGUAGUGCAAAUCAACACCAAUCUCAGCAUGCACUGCCUUCUUCUACAAGCCCCAGAUCAAUGCAACCUCAGCAGAACUUUAGCAGCUCAAAAAUUGAGGAUUUGAUGCAGCAAGUGCUUCAACAACAACAGCAGAUGAUGCAACAGCAGCAACAUCAGCAAAGGACUGAUAUAGCACUACAAAAUAUUGAAAGGCAGAUUGGGCAGCUGGCUAGUAAUAUUAAUCAGAUGGAAAAUCAAGGAUCUGGACAAUUGCCUUCACAACCGACUCCAAAUCCUAAAGGAAAUGUGAGUGCAUUAACUCUUCGCAGUGGUAAAACAAUUUCAGACCCAAAUCCGAAUUUUUCAGCAGGAGCACAGCAGAAUAUUUCCAGGCCAUUUGCAGCUUCGAGUUCACAGAAUUUCCAGAAUUUUCCAGCAAAUUUAGAGCAGCCAGAUUCUGCACAGCAUGGGAGUAUUGGAGCAGAUCAGCAACAUUUUAAUCAACCUGCAACUUCAGAAUCCGAUCAAUUAGAUGGAGCAUAUUUCGGCUUGGAAUUUACUCCAGUAGCAGCUUCAAAUUCAGCUCCAAAUUCAGCACAAAAUCUGGACAGCAAUAUUACCCAGCAAGGAGCUGAGUCUUCCAUUCCGUUACCUUUCCCUCAAAGAAGUGUACAACCAAGAAAAGAAAUGGAGGAAGAAAAGGCUAGGGAAUAUCAAGAAUUGGUGAAAUUAUUCAGCAAGGUUGAAGUGAAUGUGCCUUUGUUUACCAUGAUCAAGAAAAUUCCAAAAUAUGCAAAAUUCCUUAAGGAUCUUUGUGUGCACAAAAAGAAAUUAAAGGGGAAUGAAUUGAUAAGUAUGGGAAAGAAUGUUUCAGCAUUACUUCAGCCAGUACCUCAGAAGUGUGAAGAUCCAGGAGUUUUCACCGUACCUUGUGUGAUAGGAGAUUGCAUCUUUGAGGAUGUGAUGUUAGAUCUUGGAGCUUCUAUUAAUGUGAUGCCUAAAUCAGUUUUUCAGUCAUUAAGAAUUGGACCUUUGCAGCCUACAGGUGUAGUGAUUCAGUUGGUCAACCGUAGUCAAGCACACCCAGCAGGAGUGAUUGAGGAUGUAUUGGUAAAAGUGAGAGAGUUAAUUUUUCCUGCAGAUUUUUACAUCUUAGAUAUGGAGGGUGAUGUGCUUGCAAACAGGGCUCCGCUUAUUCUUGGACGUCCAUUCUUGAAGACUGCUAUAACCAAGAUAGAUGUACAUGCAGGAACUCUCUCUAUGGAGAUAGGAGACACAGUGGUUCGUUUCAGCAUUUUUGAGGCUAUGAAGCAUCCUAGAGAGGAUCAUUAUAUACUUAGCAUGGAUAUCUCGGAGGAGUUGGAUGGCAUGGGGUUCUUGUGA